AGGCAGAAGAAAAAAUAAAGCAGAUUGGAAAGGAUGUUGUUCCUUAGCUUCCUUUUACUUCCCAUCGUCUUAGCCCAAGAUGCGGAAUACACCUUUGAAACAAAAUAUAUUGAUAUUCCACUAGAUCACUUUAACUUUAGAGAAAAUACCACUUUCACAUUAAAGUAUCUGGUGAAUGAUACCUUUUUUGGACCAAAUGGAACAAUAUUUAUCUAUGCAGGGAAUGAAGGAGAUAUUGAAAUGUUUGCCCAAAAUUCUGGUUUUAUAUUCGAUAUUGCGCCUGAGUUUAAUGCUCUGAUUAUUUUUGCUGAACACAGAUAUUAUGGCGAAUCUCUGCCUUUCGGCAACCUAUCGUAUUCUUCCCCUGAAUACAUGGGCUAUUUAAGUUCAUCUCAAGCUCUGGCCGAUUUUGUGUACUUAAUAAAUGAGUUGCAAAAAUUAUAUGCCACAGAUGACGACGCGAAAAAGUUACCAGCAGUAGCAUUUGGUGGAUCAUAUGGAGGGAUGUUGGCUGCUUGGCUAAAAAUGAAAUAUCCAAAUUCGAUUAUAGGAGCUGUAGCUAGUUCGGCACCGAUUUGGAUGUUUAAAGAUCAAAAUCCAUGUGAUGAGUUUUAUAAAAUUGUUACAGAAGACUUCAGAAUUCUCGGUAGCGAGAAGUGUGUCACUACUAUUGAAGAGUCAUGGGAAAUUAUUCGAUCAUACACACAAAAUGCAACAGGAAAGUCAGAACUUGCCGAAUUAUGGAACUUUUGCACCGUAUUUGAAACUGACGAUGAAAUCAGCACAUUAGUCAGUUGGUUAUCAAACAUAUAUGCGGCACUUGCUGAAACAAAUUAUCCUUACCCUACAAGCUUUCUAGUACCACUGCCGGCGAAUCCUGUUAAAGAAUUUUGCAACAAAAUUGAUGAUCUAGAGUUUGAUGACGACAUAGGUCUCUUAACAGCAAUCGGUGAAGCCUUGCAGGUUUAUACCAAUUAUACAGGUACUACUGAAUGUAAUCAACUUGAAUCGACAUCCGCGCAAUUAGGAGAGACGGGAUGGUACUUUCAGGAAUGUACUGAGAUGAUAAUGCCAUUCUGUUCUGGAGACUCAGACAUGUUUGAAACUACUGAGUACAAUUUCGAAGAGUUCUCCGAUUGGUGCUACAACAAAUAUGGUGUUCGUCCUCGCGACGAGGAUGUUCCCAUUUUACAAUACGGAGACAAAGACCUGAGCACUGCCAACAAUAUUAUAUUCAGCAACGGACUUUACGAUCCUUGGUCUGGUUAUGGGGUUCUAACAAACGUUACACCAAAUAUUGUAGCGAUUGUUAUAUCCGAGGGAGCCCACCAUUCUGAGUUAAGAGCUGGCAAUGAAAACGAUCCCGAAUCUGUGAAAGAGGCUCGACUGAUUCAGAUUCACCACAUUAAUAAGUGGGUGGAAACAUAUUAUAAUGGAGAGGUAGUGAGUUCUGGUAAUUAUGUUAUCCCCGCAAGUAACAUACAGUAUGCCAUGACAUGUUUCAUAAUAUUGUACUACUUUUAUUCCUUGGAUAAUUAAGUUCAUCAUUCAUGAAGAAUAACAGGGUGUUUAGAAAUAAGUUGCAAUUUUUAUGACUUUGUUGCAUUGGAUAUAAAAUAACCAAAGUUACAUAUAAAGAGCUGUCAUUUUGAUACAUAUCUUUGUGAUUUUCAAUUGUUUCUAGAUUUAGUACACUGUAAUUUGUAGAAAAAUUACAACUUUUGCAACAUAACCUACUUUAUAUUUAUAAUAUAAUAAUAAUAGUUAGCAAUAGUGCCAAUUUAAUUUGUAACAUCCUGUAUAAAAUCUCACAGUGGUACUGGUGACUUGUGUAGAAAAACUUGUAUUUUCUUAGUUGGAAUAAAACAAGCAUUUUAUCUAA